CCUGCGGAGAGCGACCAAACUUCACUGCAAGAGCUGGAAAGGGGAAGAAGGCAUUUAUUGUAUUUAUUUAUUUAUUUUACUUGGAAAGCGGAUGCACCAUUUCUGACGUAGCCUCAAAAGGAGGGAGGCGGUGUACUUUUCUUGUCUGUUUUUGUACCAGGCUUUUUAUUUAGAUAGGGUGGAUUUAAACUACCCAUCCUUAAUGGUUUGGAGACCAUUACGAAAAAAAACGGUCAGUAUAUGAUGAUCUCUGCCACUUGUCCAUGCAAUAAUUCCCCGCGCUAUUUUUAAGACCCUACGGCUUUUUAUUUUAUCCUGCUGGGAUUUCUGACAAUUAAAACCAGCAAGGAUUUUCUUUUGAUAUCUGAAUGUGACAGCACAUCGUGCAAAAAAACACACGAAGGGUUAGAAGCAGUUUGGAUUUCCAGUAUUUUUUGCAGUCACUGGACUAGACUGCUCGAAUGUUUUUCAGAGAUUUGUGUUUUUGGAUUUGAUCAACACCUAAAUCGUAACAUGAAGAUUCGGUAACAUACGAUUGAUUUCAAACUCAGAAGUGUUAAGUAGUUUUUAGAAGGAUAUAGACCCGCAGCUAACUGGAUUUGAUUUACGAGAGGAAAAUCUGCAGUAAAUGGCCAUGCUCUUCAUAUUGCUAGAAUGGAAACCAGAAUUGUCAAUAGGAUGCAGGCUGAUAAAUAGCACCAAGUGAAGAUGUUGCUUCAAUAAGUGUGAAAUCAAUGGGAAACACUUGGCAUGCGAAAAGCCUUUGAGAUUUUGACAGCAUUGCGUUUAGGAGGUUUAAUACCUUUACUUUGAUUGCACUGCUUUGCAAGUGGAUAUAAAUAGGAUUUCUUUUAGUGCAGCUACACAGAAAUAAUUGUGGACCAUGUCACUUCAAAAAUCUACAAGAUUGAACUGUAUGUGGAGAGUAAUGAAGGUGCAGCUGCACUCGGGGGUGGACGUCCCCUUUAUACUCUGGAUACUUGGAUUUACGCUACAAGCAGUCGUGGUCUCUUCUCAAAAACUGGAUGACUUGGACCCGGUGGUGACCACCACUUACGGCAAGGUGCGGGGAUUUAAAAAGGAACUUGGCAAUGAAAUUCUGGGUCCUGUAAUUCAGUUUCUUGGUGUACCGUAUGCAGCACCCCCUACUGGUGAGCGACGCUUUCAGCCUCCUGAGCCACCAUCCUCUUGGUCUGAAAUCCGCAACGCCACCCAGUUUCCACCAGUCUGUCCCCAGACUGUCGUAGAAGGAAGGCUACCGGAGGUCAUGCUUCCAGUGUGGUUUACUAAUAGCUUGGACAUAGUUUCAACGUAUGUUCAAGACCAGAGCGAAGACUGCCUUUUCUUAAACAUGUAUGUUCCAACAGAGGAUGUAAAAAGAAUAUCCAAGGAAUGUGCCAGGAAACCCGGCAAGAAAAUAUGUAGAAAAGGAGAAUGCCCAUUAGGUGCUCCAAACAGCUUUGCCAGCAGUUACUAUGCAGGGGUAGGCUGGGACUGGAGCAGCUGCACAGUGCCUCUUCAGACAGUGCCUCUGUUUUUUACUGCCUCACCCUAUCACAGAGGUCCCCUUACAAAGAAACAGAACGAUGAUUUAGGUGAUAAUGACGGGGCUGAAGACGAAGACAUUCGUGAAGGCGGCAGCCCAAAACCAGUGAUGGUGUUUAUCCACGGAGGGUCAUACAUGGAAGGCACUGGAAAUAUGUUUGACGGAAGCAUCCUGGCGAGUUAUGGGAAUGUCAUAGUCAUCACUGUUAACUACCGGCUUGGUGUAUUAGGUUUUUUAAGCACUGGUGACCAAGCUGCUAAAGGAAACUAUGGACUUCUUGAUCAAAUCCAAGCUCUGCGCUGGAUAAGUGAAAACAUUGCAUUCUUUGGUGGUGACCCAUUACGAAUAACUGUUUUUGGAUCUGGGGCAGGUGCCUCUUGUGUCAAUCUCUUGACUUUGUCCCAUUAUUCUGAAGGUAACCGUUGGAGCAAUUCAACCAAAGGACUUUUUCAGAGAGCUAUUGCGCAGAGUGGUUCUGCUCUCUCUAGCUGGGCAGUGAGCUUCCAGCCGGCCAAAUAUGCCAGGAUGUUGGCCACCAAGGUGGGCUGCAACCUCAUGGACACUGUUGACUUGGUGGAAUGUCUCCAAAAGAAGCCUUACAAGGAACUGGUGGACCAGGACAUCCAGCCGGCCAGGUACCACAUAGCCUUUGGCCCUGUUAUAGAUGGUGACGUCAUACCAGAUGACCCCCAGAUCCUGAUGGAGCAAGGAGAGUUUCUCAACUACGACAUCAUGCUGGGUGUCAACCAAGGCGAGGGAUUAAAGUUCGUAGAGUUCAUAGUGGACAAUGAGAAUGGAGUUCGGGCCAUGGAUUUUGACUAUGCUGUUUCCAGUUUUGUGGAUGAUUUGUAUGGGUAUCCUGAUGGCAAAGAUGUCUUAAGGGAGACCAUUAAGUUCAUGUACACUGAUUGGGCUGACAGACACAAUCCAGAGACUCGAAGGAAGACGUUGUUGGCUUUGUUUACCGACCACCAGUGGGUGGCACCAGCAGUGGCAACAGCUGACCUUCACUCGAGCUUUGGAUCUCCUACCUACUUUUAUGCCUUCUACCAUCACUGCCAGACGGAUCAGGUGCCAGCAUGGGCUGACGCAGCUCACGGAGAUGAAAUCCCGUAUGUGUUUGGGCUGCCAAUGAUUGGUCCUACAGAGCUGUUUCCCUGCAAUUUCUCAAAAAAUGAUGUCAUGUUGAGUGCCGUGGUGAUGACAUACUGGACCAACUUUGCAAAAACUGGUGACCCCAAUCAGCCAGUACCUCAGGAUACAAAAUUCAUUCACACAAAGCCGAACCGUUUUGAAGAGGUUGCGUGGACCAGGUAUACACAGAAAGACCAGCUGUACCUCCACAUUGGUCUUAAGCCCCGGGUUAAGGAGCACUACAGAGCAAACAAGGUCAACUUGUGGUUAGAGCUGGUUCCUCACCUGCACAGUCUGAAUGAAGUAACCCAGUUUACUUCAACCACUACAAAGGUCCCACCAGAUGUGACACCCAGGACCCCAAAUAAAAUCCCUGUAACUAAGUGGCCUGUGACUACGCCCUUUCCUACCGAGAAUCAAAGUAGCCAGAAUCAAUUGGAAGGUCCUUUCUUGGUGGACCAAAGGGACUACUCAACGGAACUGAGUGUGACCAUUGCCGUUGGAGCAUCUUUGUUGUUUUUAAACAUCCUGGCUUUUGCAGCGCUGUAUUACAAAAAGGACAAAAGGAGGCACGACGUACACCGGAGAUGUAGUCCCCAACGCAACACCACCAAUGAUCUCAUCCACACACAAGAAGAAGAGAUAAUGUCCUUGCAAAUGAAGCAUACAGAUCUGGAUCACGAGUGUGACUCCAUCCAUCCACAUGAGGUGGUUCUGAGAACUGCCUGUCCUCCAGACUACACGUUGGCCAUGAGAAGGUCACCGGAUGAUAUUCCCUUAAUGACCCCCAACACCAUUACAAUGAUUCCUAACACCAUACCUGGGAUUCAGUCCCUGCAUACAUUUAACACUUUUACUGGUGGACAAAACAACACCCUGCCUCACCCUCAUCCCCACUCACAUUCAACAACCAGGGUAUAGCCAGGACAAAAAGACCUACAAGAGCACUACUCCUCUGGGGGAUAUUUUCAAACUCUGCGACUUUUUCGUGCUGUCGAAAGGAAGAGGGAAUGAUAUUUUGUUAAAAUUGCUGGAUACUUAAUAUGGUACGUUUGAAAAAUAGAAUGGGAUUUUUCCAACUUUUCCAGUGGAGGAUAUCACUUGUCAAGUAUACUAAUAACAGUUGCUUGAAGUGAUUUGAGGCUUGGAAUUGUAAACUACACUUUCUGAAGCCAAGAACCAAUGCAACUCAGAGAAACUACGCAUGCGUGAUGCAAAUAAAGAGAGAAUUGUAAGCUGAAAAAAAAGGAAACUGUCUAAAAAUAUGCACAAGGGAGACAUUCAAAAUAUGUCUUGGAUUCUUUUCACCAAUUUAUUUUUGGAACAGUUUUAUUGUAUAGAACCUAUUUACAUAUCUAGAUAUGUACACAAAGCACCAAUGCUGUUUAAGCCCUGACUGGGCACAAAUUCUGCAAUCUGCCAGCGAAACAAAGGGGAUAAUGACAUUCUGGCAGAUACAGCUUCAUCACACAAGUGCUGUCUAUACUGAGAGCUGGCGAACAAGGGAAUUGGAUAUUUUUAGCACGAUGCGCAUGACAAUUGAUCUGCUUGGUGGCUGUUCUGCUGAUUAAGUUGUAAUUAAAGUAAUUUUUAUCCCCAUUGGAUUUCUUUGAAGAAAUGUACUUCAUCGAUUGCCUCAAACCUACAAAGAGGUUUUGGCAGGGUGUUGAUGGUAAAGAGGAGGGGUGUUGGGGUAUAAAUAAAAUACUACAGUAAUUACAGUAAUUCACAUUAUCUUCAGUGAACAUGGUAAAAAAGAACUAGUUUUGUACAAUGUGUGUUGGUACAACUUUUUAAUAGUGGUGAACACUCGCUGUUAUAAAUCCCAGAAAAGUGUAUUCUUUUUUUCUUCUUUUGAUGUUCUCUCCAAUUUUCCAUCACAUUUUUUUUUUGCAGCCUCUUUUGCUAAUAAUCAUGACCACCAUUCUGUAGCAAAGCAAUUUAUUUUUCAUGCAGUUAGUCAAGAUUAUGUCUGCCCAAGGCUAUAAAAAGUAUUUUUUUCAUAUGCAGGGAAAUGCUAGAUCUGCCACUUCAGUGUUUCAUUGAUUGGUUACAUUUUAUGAGGUAAGCUCCAUAUGAGUAUUUUAAGAUGAAUGCAAAUUAUUUCUAUUUUGGAGAUUUUCACAGCUUGCACUACUAAGUGUGAGGAGAAAGUACAUCACCUUUCAAAAUACAGUAUAAGGCACAGCCCCCAUUAAGUUUGACCAUUGUUUGGACUUUAUGCUUCGCCAUUUAUUGAGGCACUAUUUCUGGCUUAGAAGAAGUAAUCAAAUAAUGGUCGUGCAAUGGUAAAUUUCAAAAUACAUGUGUCAUAAUCAAUUUGAAGGGUAUUUUCUGGGUGAUUAUAUCCUACCAUGUUAAAUGCUUUUGCUUUUGUAAUUUUUUGCACUUGGAUUAUAGAAGUACUUAAAUCUCACCUCUGACUUUUGUAUUCCUGCUUUACUAAAUCAUGGUUUAAAUCAAUUGUCAGUCUGUACCACUCAUGAUCAUUUAACCAAUGUUUUUUUUAUUUUUUUCCCCUGUAGAAGUGCGUCGGGUAGCAAAGAAUGCACAGUGAAGAAUAAUUAGUAAAAGCAUAAAAAGUGGUACUCUUGCAUGUGCAAAACCACACCUGAAAUGCCCAUAUUGUAUAGUGUCGUUCGUGGAGAUCAAAGGGCUUAAUAGUACCCACUGCUAAUACGCAGCAAGCAAAUGGCUGGAUGUAUAUUUGAUACAUUAAUUGCCAUCAUCUCCUUCAUUCUUCCCAUAGGGACACAAUUAACCCUUUGAAUGAGAGAAAAUACACCCAUGUCUCCCACACUGUUCAAGACUAAGAUCUGAAAACUCAAAGCACCUCCUAGCUUACUUCAGAUUCCUGGCUAGCAGCCAGUUUAGGGAUUUAAUGUCGUGACUUUCUGAUUACAUGGGGUCAAAACACCAGCACUUAGGCUUCCUUUGAGCGAUCUUAAGUUUUUCAUUGACUAUUAUCAUUUUCCUCCUCGCUUUUCUUUAUUGGGUGGAUUUAGAAUGAAAGUAUUAACAGUAUGAGAAUUGGAAACACUUAUUGACUAAAUGUAGGUUAUUAAGACAAACUGACCCCAAAGAAGUAAUGAAAUUCCUGGCAACCUGUAAUAAAAAAAAAAAGGGAAUUGUCAUAUCCUGGUCGCUGAUUCCCAUAGAGGUAUGGUUGGUGUUUGACAGCCAGUCCUGCAGCUCUAAGCUGCUCCAGAUUUCUGUGUAGAACAAGGAAGCUACUGGUGGAUGAUCAGUCAUUGCUAUAACAGCUUCAGAUAAUUAUAAACAACAAUUAUAUAACAACCACUCCCCAGCCCUUACAGAGCUGUUUUUAUUUACUUAGUAAAUCAAUGAUUAUGGAAAAUAACUGUUUAAUGUUCCCUCUCUGCUGUACUUCCUAGGACUCUAUUAAAAACGAACGAUGUGGGAGGGGCAGCCACAGGAUCCACUUGGCUAUCUGACAUUUGUAUGUGACACAGACAAAUCCUUAUUCAUUGGGCAGUAUAGGGGAGUAGUCAGCUAGGAGUUUUGCUGAAAGCCUGACACCUAACCAUUUAGCCAGGGGAAAGCCACCAAAUUCAGUAUUGAGUGAUCAAUGCAAUGCAAUGAGUGCCAUAUUUUGUUUUAGAUGGAGCACAAUGUCAUGACUGUUGCGUUAUUAUGUAAUGAGGUGUCCUUCUGCCUGGUUAUAUGAUAUUCAAGCUUCUAGUUUUUUUUUGUCAUUUUUUUAUUUGGGUUUUGAGUUGUGUAAUUAAUUCCUUUUCACUGUUGCUUUAUUCUCUCAUGUUCCAUAAAAGAACACUUUGCACCGUGCUGGUAUAUUUUGUUUAUUUAGCACACCGGCCCCCUUGAUUGAUUUCAAGUUUUGUUUUAUGUUUUUCCAAAAAGGGAUGGUCACAUCUUGUGCCCAGAUUUAAUUAAAAGAGCCCUCCAUUUGAGACAAGAGCCUUACUCUGUGUAAAACGAGAUCAGGAUACUACUGUCACAUCCAGUUCAUUCUGUCAGGGAAGCCAUACAAGUUGAAUUUGUUUUAUAUUCUGCAGAAUGACCAGUCUCAAUGAAAUGUAUAUAUUUGUUUUCCUAUACACUGUACAUCAAAAGGUUAGAUAAGCUGCACCAGUUAAUUUACAAGUGAGAUAAUGCAAAAUACGAAACAUAUGGGACUUGACAGCACAGUUGGCAUUCCUUUCACAUUCGACGAUUCACAAAGCUUCGUCAUUGUGUUACUAAAAGCAAUUCAAUCCCCCCAAAAUAAUGAAUUCAAGGGGCUCCCAAGUGGCGCAUCAGGCAAAGGCGUGCAGGAUGCUCCCUAUUGCCUGGAGAUCGCUGGUUCAAGUCCACGCUAUCCCACUGCCAACCACGGACGGGAGUUCCCAGGGGGCGGCACUCAAUUGGCAGAGUGCCGCCCGGGUGGGGAGGGUUAGGUCAGCCAGGGUGUCCUCGGCUCACCGCGCACCAGUGACCCCUGUAGACUGGCCUGGCGCCUGCAGGACUGCCUGUAAGUUGCCCAGAGCUGUGUGGUCCUCCGACGCUGUAGCUCUGAGGUGGUUGCAUGGCGGGCCUGCAGAGUGAAAAGAAGCGGAAGGCUGAAAUUAAAAAAAUAAUAAUAAUUGGGCUUUUCAUACUGGGGAGAAAAUGAGAAAAAAUAAUUGGCGAUUCAUUUUAAAAAAUAAAAAAAUAAAAUAAAAUAAUGAAAAGAAGAAAAUGGCUAUGACAGGCAGUCUUAUUGAACAGGACUGGUACAAUAAAGCGUGGCUCAACAUUCUGAAUGGCAACAGUGUUCAAUGUUUAAACGUGUGUCUAAGUACAUUUAAAAUGAAUAUAUAGUGGCUUUAUGCGAGCUGUUGCUCUAAUAAAGACUAAUCUAUUCAAAUCAUUAGCUGUAAUGUUUACAGUUGUGCAAAGCCCACAAGGCUGUGUCUAUCACUUUAUUGGUGAUAUAAGGUAUAAAGUGAACUUGGAAUUUCAUUCCCUUGUUAUGCAUUACUCUGUAUUUCACUGGGCCUAGCUAUUAUACUAUAAAAUGGAUGUACCAAAACAUUGGAUGAAUAGUAUAACAAGUGAGGCUGCAAAUCAGUGGGAAACAUGUCCUCUUCUUGUAUUUUUGUAUAGUUGUAUCUUUGCAAAAACUGAGCAGUUCUUCUUGCAAAUCUAAUAGGAACGAAAAAACUAAACAAAAUAAAAUAAAAUAAACAGUC